GAUUCUUGAUCGAUUGCCAUCUCCUUUGGGCUUCUUGCUACUGACUGCUACACAAACUCAGCUCGGUUUCUCAUCUCCGGGCUGCUCGUGACGCAUCUGAGCCCGGUGGCCAUGACGCACCUGCUGCAGCACAUGCCCCGGAGCCUCGCCACCAGCAACGCCUCGCAGUUUGUCUACGCCGUCUUGUGGCGCCUCCUGCCCACGAACUACCCUCCCCCAAGUGUGACUGGUCGCCCUCUCUUUCGUUCUUACUUCCAUUAGUUUAUUCUCUCCAUCAUGCACCCGUAAUAAGUUUAAACCACAGCCAUACAUGUGCUAAUGCUACAAUUUCUUUGUUGAUUAACCUGGGAUCUCCUCGGUGUGUCCUAUGAUAGAAGCAAAGGAAACAUGAGGAACUGGAUACUGGCAUGGGAGGAUAGGUUCUGCAACUUCGUGGCCACCUCUGCUGCGUGCGGCCAAGAGGGAGCAGCUGCAUACGCGGAGCACGAGGCUGCUGCGGCACAGGAGCUGAAGCAGAGCCUGCAUCCCGAGCUCUUCUCCAAGAUGUCCCAUGACAUGUACAACUACGGCGAGGUACCAGCAGUUCGCGUUGCUGCCAGCAUGAUCAAUGAAGCAAAAUGUUAUUCCUACAUCGAUGCUACAACAAAUGUACAAAGUCAGAUAAGACACAUGCUUUGUAUUCAGAAAUUACGAAAAGAAUCCAUGGAGAUGUGGAGGUCGGAGAAACCUGAAAUUAUGGAAGAGGAAGAAAGCUGGAGUGGGUUUUGUUCCAUCAAGAGUGGGGUUAGCUGGUUCGGUGGGGGAAAGCAGGGAGAGUCAGAUCACCUAAUACCAACGUAUAGCCUGGAAGAAUCAUUUCCCGGCUGGUCAACAUUUUCUAAGAAGCAGCAGAACCACGUUCAUCGAUAG